AAUACAAGCGGGCGGCCCACAUCGCUCGUGUGAAAAUCCCGUAAUACAGCGCAGUCCGGAAUUUUUCCCACGUUAGCGGAUGCAGCGCCCCUUGGGCACGCGUGAUGUCUGACCGCUCCAGUGGCUUCCGUUAUGGAGACGUCUCGGUUGUGUUCGGCCGCCAGGGGCUAGACGCGGGCUUCUCCAGGUGGUGAAGGCGUCACAAUGGAGGGGCGACGUCAUCCUGGGUGACGACGACUAGCCAUGCUGCUGCAUCUCUGUGUGGCAAAUCAGUCACGUGAUGGCGUCCUCCCGCUCGCCGUCCUCGUGCUUCCGUCGUUCCUCUUGUUCAGCGUCGUAGAGGCGCAGUUGCUCGUCCAGAAGUACAGCACUCGCGUCGUAAGGACCAAGUACGGGCCUCUCCGCGGCGUCAUUCUUCAGCACAACCACCAGCCGGUCGAGGCCUUCCUCGGCGUCCCUUACGCGAGCCCUCCGGUCGGAUCGCUGCGCUACAUGCCCCCUGUGACGCCCUCCAUGUGGCAGAACCCGCGACUUGCAGACUCCUUCUCGCCGGUGUGCCCCCAGCGACCACCUGACAUCGGCAACCGCACAGAGGCGCUCCUGGAGCUGCCUCGCGGCAGAGUCCUCUUCCUGGAGAAGCUGCUGCCGCUCCUCGUGAACCAGAGCGAGGACUGCCUCUACCUCAACAUUUACGUUCCUCGCGGAGAUGAGCCCCCGGGUCCCCUGCCAGUCAUCGUUUACGUCCAUGGGGAAUCUUACGAGUGGAAUUCUGGGAACCCGUACGACGGCGGCGUCUUGGCGAGCUACGGACACGUCGUGGUCGUCACUAUCAACUUCAGGCUCGGCGUUCUUGGUUUCUUGAAGACCGGGGCGCGAGGCAGCGCACAGGGUAACUUCGGGCUCAUGGACCUGGUGGCGGGCCUGCACUGGCUGCGAGAAAAUGCCGUGGCCUUCGGCGGCGACCCCGAACGAAUCACGCUCUUGGGGCACGGAACAGGCGCGGUGCUCACCAACAUCAUCGCAGUAUCGCCUGUCGCCAAAGAACUGGUCCAUCGCAUCGUGAUGCUGAGUGGCUCCGGUCUGAGUCCGUGGGCGUUGCAACGAGAUCCCCUGGCCGUGAAACGAAAGGUAGCGGAGCAGACCGGCUGCCACGGGGACCUGGUGGAAGACGACCUAGCUCCUUGCCUGCGAACGAAGUCUCUGUCUAACCUUUUGUCAGUGCGGAUUGACCCUCCACGUUUCCUGCCAGGCUUUGCCCCCUUCGUAGACGGUACUGUGCUCACCAGUGAAAGUGCAGGGAGAGGAUUCGCCGAUUCCAGUUUGUUGCUGGGGGUGGGCGUACAAGAACAACAAGGGUCCGCAGGAAUAAGCUUCGAGAUGGCCGAUUUCCCCCACAGAGACCUUCUGUUUGGCCUGACGACCACAGAGUCGUACUUGGACCUUAGUGCACAGGACCUUGAGUUUGGUUUUGACGAGAGCCGCAGAGAUCGAAUUCUGCGGACGUUCGUCCGGAAUGCUUACAUUUACCAUCUGAACGAGAUCUUCUCAACCCUGAAAAACGAAUACACGGACUGGGAACGACCCGUUCAAAACCCGCUCAGUGUGCGCGACGCGACGCUGGACGUUCUGAGUGACGGACACACAGUGGCGCCACUCAUAAAGGUCGGGUACUUGCACACCCUCGGCGGGGGUCGCACCUACUUCCUGCAUUUCCACCACCAGUCUGGCGAGAGGGACUUCCCCCAGCGACUGGGGAGUGUGAGGGGAGAAGACGUGCCUUAUGUACUGGGCCUGCCGCUCGUCGGCGGUCAACCCUUCUUCCCGCACAACUACACUCAUCAGGAUGGCUCCGUCUCCCGUCUGUUUAUACGCUACCUCGCCAACUUUGCCAGAAAAGGGGACCCAAACAGCGCAGUUCCAGACCGACAACAAACCACACACAAAGACAGCGAGAUGGAAAUGAAGCCAGCCCCUUUCUGGGAUACGUAUGACCCCAUCAACCAACUCUAUCUGGAACUAGGCUUGCGGCCAGAGAUGAGGAACCACUACCGUGGCCACAAGAUGUCUCUGUGGUUGAACCUGAUCCCUCAGCUGCAUAGACCCGGGGGGGAUGACCUCAACAUGCGACAUCACCACUUUCUGGAAGAAGGAGCUCAGUUUUAUGAGGGUUUGGUGAGGCCACAAACCCUGAAGCGACCAAUCUUGCCUCCUCAGUACACGGCCAGUACCGCCAACACCACUGCUACCACCACUACCAACACGACUCCCAGCACAAAGGCCUCUCUGGCCACAGCAGCAGAUCCAGCCACCAGUACAACCACAGAAUGUCCACCAAAUAUUACCACUAAUGUGGUCAGCCCUGGCAGCUUGCAGCCCAGCAACAAUCACAAUAAUUUGCUGCAGAAACUUGCAUCAAGCCAUUAUCAGAGCUACACCACAGCCCUCACCGUCACAAUUGCGGUGGGAUGCUUCCUUUUGCUCCUGAACAUCCUCAUCUUCGCGGGCAUCUACCACCAGAGGGACCGUGGGAGCUCAGGGCACUUUGGCGAUAAGAAAAAGGAGGAACUGGCAGAGGCAGGAAGUUGCAGUAGUAGUUCAGAAGAUGGACACCACUUUGAGAGCAAGCAUGCGCUCAUGGAUCACAUAAUGCUGUCAACUUCACAGCAGCAUAUCCACUCAUCUGCAGCAGGUGCAGCGAUAGAGCUUCCGUUGCAAGAGUUUAAAACGUCGCCCACGUCCAGCGCAAAAACCAGGCCAAAUUGCACUAGUGUAAUGCAGCAGCAGCAACCUCCAAGUUACGCUCAUAGUAAGAAUACGGAGGCGCCCGUUAAGGAACAGGGCACCCAGUCCCCACCGCUCCCUCCACAGCCGAACAGCCCUUCCAUCCCAGAUCCACCCCCACCACCAAGAAACCUGCCACCAUCACUGUGUAACCAGAUUAGCGCUGGCGGAGGAAUUUUGCGUCAGCAAGGUUGUCCUCAGACGCCUGGCACUAUGAAGAAGAGAGUGCAGAUACAAGAGAUCUCUGUGUGAUGUGCGUGUUCAAAUGUGACAAAUGUUCACAAACGUUAAUUACAUUUUGAAUGUAUUCCACAUUUUCAUUGUCAUUUCCUUAGUCAUCGUACUCGCACUGUCCACAGACUCAAUAAAUUACAGUACGUAUAUUUUCAAUGCA